AUGCCGCCCAAACAGUGGAUUGACAAGAAGAACGCGAGCACCUUCCAGCUCUUCCACCGGUCUCAAAAUGACCCGUUGAUCCACGAUACUGGUGCGGACGACCGCGUCCUGCACCAAAUUUCUGGUCCCGUUCCCGCUCCGUCUUCAUCGAGAUCCGCGACGAAGCCCUUGCGCAAUCUCCACGAUCUUCAGUCCGAGUUUGGCGACAGUGCUCGCCAGAACGAGGGCGAGGCUGCCAAUUAUGGUGUCUACUACGAUGAUUCCAACUACGAUUAUAUGCAGCAUUUGCGCGAACUGGGACAUGGUAGUGGAGAUACCUACUUUGUUGAAGCCAAGCAGGAGAAGCCCAAGGGCAAAGCCAACAAGGGGUUGAAGCUGGAGGAUGCGUUGCGACAGGUCUCACUGGACGAGAGAGAAGCUGAUGCCCAAAGCGCUUUCGGUGGUAAUAGUCUCUACGGCUCUGAAUACGGCGAUAUGCGAUCUACUGCGUCGUCAUAUGUUCGCCAGCCGACAUACCAGGACCAGCAGAACAUCCCUGAUGCGAUUUCUGGGUUCAAGCCCGACAUGGACCCCCGCCUACGAGAGGCCCUGGAAGCGCUCGAGGAUGAGGCGUUUGUGCAGGAGGGUGAUGAUGAAGAUAUCUUUGGUGAACUGACCGCAAAUGCGGAGGAGAUUGACCAAGGUGAUUGGGAGGAUUCUCUCUUUGACCAUGACGACGAAGACGAAGGAUGGGAGUCGGAUGCCACCGAGAAGGCACCCGUGCAGAGGGAUACCACAGAAUUCAUGGACGAGCACCUUCCAGAAGCCACUGAGGCGAGCACUCUGGAGCCCGGCGAGAUGCCUGAUCACGAUCGGCCAGCUCCCGAUAUUGCCCCAACCGACCAGGGAUGGAUGAACGAGUUCGCCAAGUUCAAGAAAGACGCAAAGGCUGGCAAGGCUGCCGCACCCGCAGCACCCACAAUUGCACCCUCGCAGACGAUGGCAUCGACUGUGUUCACUGCUGGUGGUACACCAAUUCGUCGCAAGAAGCGCAAGGGUGCUUUGACCAACCCCUCCGCAUACUCGAUGACAUCUUCCGCUCUGGCUCGUACUGAAGGACACCGUCUUUUGGACGACCGAUUUGACAAGAUGGAGGCCCUCUACGCUCUCGAUGAGGAAGACGAGUAUGACGACAGCAUGUCGAUGGUCAGUGGAAUGACCGGCGCAACCGGUAUGACAGAUAUGUCGGCCAUAUCCGAAGCUCCCAGCCUGAUCGACGCCAGUGGAAGAGAGAUUCCCAGUCACAGCAGCUUCAACAGCGUGAUGGACGAUUUCCUUUCUAGCUGGGACCCCAACACCAGUGCUCAGGCCAAGCGCAAGGGUGCUAAGAACAAGCGUGGCAAAAACGGUAACGAGGCCAUUGGUAUCAGGAACCUCGACGAGGUGCGCUCUGAACUUGGUCCUGCUCGCUUCAGAAACGGCAAGGUCCCCGGAAGAGUUUAG